CAGCAUUUUUCACCAAACAACCAUAGCAAGAAACAAUAUUCUAAUAUCUCGUUAAAGCCUAUCAGAAUCAAGCAGGACAAGUAAAAUUCAAAAUGGGAGACGCCGAAUUGAAAAAGAGCAAGGUUUCAAUGCUGGCUGUGAACCAGUCUACUACCAAAUCCCUGGCAGCUCUGGGGCAGAAAUCCCUAAGCAGGAUGAAAAUUAGAAGACCAUCUUUUGGAUUUACUGGAGUUCCUGGAAUCAAGCCCGUUGAAAGAACGUCCCAGCUCGCCUUCGAAUUCAAACGACCACCUCUGGUGUACAGCCCUACCUUCCAACUAGACCCCCACGAAAAGUUCCACCUAGAACAUGUCACAAAGAUCGUGGAGGAAAUGAUUGACGAGAACUUCGCCGGACACAAGUAUAAUGUUCAGGAAUCCCCAGCUCUGGCUCUUCGUCUAGCAGGGGAACUGAUGCGCAAGAUCAAAGCCAUGGCCUUUAACCGCUACCGCGUCAUUUCCGUGGUCACCAUCGGCCAAAAGCGAUCCCAGAGCUUCAAUAACGCCAUAUCCUUCAUAUGGGACUUCGAAAGAGACAACUACGUUGAAUCCCAUAGAGAAACAGCAACUGCCUUCAUCCAGAUCACACUGUUCGCUAUCUACCUCGAUUAA